UUAUAACUGUCAAAUAGGAAAAAUUAUAUUUCAUUCAAAUCAUAUCCUGCAAUCAGAUAUUGUUCCAUUGUUGACGCAAAUGUAUAUAUUUAUGAUAAAGCAGAAGCACUUUCAACCAAAUAGGUACAUAUAGUGAGAAAAAAAGUAAACUUGUAGUUUUUACAGUUUUGGUUGGAGUCUUCAACAGAAAUAUGAACAGUAUUGUUUUAUUGGCCGUGUGCCUGUUGAUUGUCACCAAUUACAUGGUUAACGGUGAAACAAAGGCAGAACUAAUACAACAAUGGGAACAGGCCAUUAAAAAUUGUAAUCUAAGUCAGGAAAUUGUGGAUAAACUCCUCGGGCCAUCCUUGGAUGCGUCUUUUGCCAAAGACAUUACCUGCAUAUACAAAUCGCUUGAAAUUAUGAAUCCCGAUGGCACAUUUAACAAGGAUAAACUUAGAUUGCCUUUACAAUAUAAUAUAUUGAACGAUGACGAUAAGAUAGAAAAAGUGAUGGAUAUGUGUGCUGUACAGAAAGCUACUGAAGAAGAAAGUAGUUUGUAUUUGUUUAAUUGCAUGGGAAACAUUUUCAAACAAUAGCAAAAAAUAUUAACUUCUGCUUUGAUUGUGUAUUGGAUAAUCAAUUAGUUCAAUUAAUGUUUUUAAAUUAAUUUAUCACUUUAGAUCAUUUUUUUUUAAAUUAUGAUUUUGUUUACCUUAUAUUUUAUAUAAUAUUGUAUACAAUU